GGCGGCGGGUGGAGCGGCCGCCAUUUUCCUCAGAGGCGGUGCCUGGGAGCGGGCGGGCUCGGCGGGUCUGUCUGUGUGACCCUGCCGACGGUCCUGGGCUCGCGCUGCUGCGGGAAGCCGCUGCUGAGCAAAGGGCGGAAAAGCGGAACUAGCACCAGCGAGACAGAAGAGAUGGAAAUUUGCUGUGGAAAUACCAGAAGGAUGGUGGAGAGCUACUGACGAUUAUGCCUUAAUGAUGAAAAGUCCGGAGGAACUGGUAGGCUUCAAGUGUUGUCGAAGAAGCGGUUUGUCUUCCUGUUAAAAUGAUAAAAUCAGCACUCUUCACACGUCAUGGUAGGGUAACGGUAAACAACGCUUAACGCCCAGCAAGAUGUACCCACACCAGUGCUGUAGACGGAUACCGCUGCCCGAGAGAUGAGGUGAUAGUUGCACAAAUGGGCAAGACCAGUAGGCAGCCUUCUGCAUACGAGCUGCAGGUUUAGAGUUCACACAGCAGGUGGAGAAUCUUUUCCAGAAUUUGAUCAGAAUGAAUAGAACCGGAAAAUUCUCCAUAAACUGGGUUGUAAUUUCUACAUAAGAGUAGAAGAUUCAGAAUUACUGAGAGGAGAGAGCUUAAGUUUUACCUUUUCAGUAAAUCAUGCCUUACCUAGUUUGAAGAUCUGAGAGAACUUUCUGUUUGCAUAGUGCAUCAGGGAAAAUGGAAGAAGAUGAGACUUUACAAGGUGCAACAGAAAGGGCAAAAGUUGAAACACAUACUACUCCUGAGAUUGGUCGGCGGAUAUCAGUUAGUGAGUUCCUUUGCCACUGCUGUUAUGACAUUCUGGUCAAUCCCACCACCCUGAACUGUGGGCAUAAUUUCUGUAGACAUUGCUUAGCCUUGUGGUGGGUAUCAUCCAGGAAGAAUGAAUGUCCCGAAUGCAGAGAAAAAUGGGAAGGAUUCCCCAAAAUUAACAUCCUCCUCAGGGAUGUUAUUGAAAAGCUAUUUUCUGAUGCCAUUGAACAAAGAAAAGAAGAUAUUCAACAAAACAGCGAUGUAGCACGCAGCUUAGCAACCUUCCAAAAAUAUGGGAAUGACCAGAUCCUUACAGUUCCAAACGCAGGAAGAAUUAAUCCUCGAGGAGGAGGGUUUUUCUCAGGCGUUCUGACAGCUUUAACUUGUGUAGCAGUGGUUCUACUUGGAUAUCACUGGAGUAGCAGAGAAUUUGAAGAAGAUCAUCUUGUCCACAAGCCUGUUGCUAAAUGGACUUCAGAGGAAGUGAUACUUUGGCUAGAGCAGCUGGGCCCGUGGGCUUCACAUUAUAAAGAAAGGUUUUUGCUAGAAAAAGUGAAUGGAAGACUCCUUCUAACACUGACAGAGGAGGAUUUCACGAAAGAGCCUUACAGUAUAGAGAACAGUAGCCAUAGAAAAGCUAUUAUGGCAGAACUGGAAUGUGUGAAAAAUUUAGGUGUUAAACCACCACAGAACCUUUGGGAAUAUAAGGCAGUAAAUCCAGGAAAAUCACUCUUUCUACUGUAUGCACUGAAGAGUUCUCCAAGACUCAGUAUGUUAUACCUAUAUUUGUUUGAUUACACGGAAGCUUUCCUACCUUUCAUCCACACAAUUUGCCCUGUGCCAGAAAACAAGUAUGAAGAUAUUGUCACAAAACUACUAGACCUUAAAGACCCUUCUUGGAAGCAAUGGAGAGAAUUCGUUGUAAAGUAUUUAUUUUUGCCAUACCAGUUGAUAGCUGAGUUUGCUUGGGAUUGGCUGGAUGUGCACUACUGGACAUCAAGAUUUAUAAUUGUAAAUGCCAUGUUGCUCUCUGUUCUGGAAUUUUUCUCUUUUUGGAGGCUCUGGUCAAGACGAGAAUUGAAGACUAUUCCUCACAGGAUGUGGAGACAUUUCUGGAAAGUCUCAACCCAGGGUCUUUUUGUUGCCAUUUUUUGGCCUUUUAUUCCUCAGUUUGUCUGCAAUUGUUUGUUUUACUGGGCCUUGUACUUUAACCCGAUUACAAACAUUGAUCUUGUGGUUAAAGAAGUAAGGCGUCUGGAGACACAAGUGCAGUGACUGGCAUUGGAACAGUUGAGCUGUUCAGCUUCUAAAAAUGGUUGUUUGAAAUAAAGAUUUGCUUUUCUUCUUUAUAUCUGUGGCAAGGAGAGUGGUAGAUUGUGUUAACUUAAACAUGCAAAAAAGCCUUAAGGUAAGUUACUGUUAAACCAGCUGAUUCCAAAUCUGAGGGAUAGGUUUUAUUAUCCAAAAUGAAUUUUCUAUUGAAAGAAAAGAAAUUGCCCUCCCGAUUUAGCCAUGUAAAACUCAGACAGUCAGGUCAUCCUAUUUCUGAUCAAAUGAAACUUCUCUUUCCUCUCUUGAGCAUUCUGGUUCUUUUUAAGCUUGCCUUAAAAUCAGCAUGUUCUGAACAGCUACAUUGUUGGAGUUUUUUAAUUUAUUUUUAUUUUAACUCAGCGGGUUUUUUUACCAGAAUUGUGUUCCUCAACUUAAGUUUGCCAAAGGAAUGUUCUUCCUGCAUAGGCUUGAUACUGAAAAUACUUCAGUGUUUUCAGACUGCUUUGCAUUUAAAGUUACGGUUGUCAUACAGAGUCUCACAGUAGAGUUUGUUCUAAGAUUCCUGCUUUUGAAGGCAAAGACUGCUUCAGUUUCCUUGUCUUUUGGAAAAUGUGGUGAUUGCCACUGUUUUUUUUUUUUUUCAGAUUAGCUAGACUUCAGCAAUAAUUUCUUCCAUGCUCUCCUCUUGAAGUCUGUUGCUAGCUUUUAAAAUCAGGGUUCUCUCUUAAAAAGGAUUAUUUUGGAAAAGUGACCUGACACUGUAAUUACAUCUUACACACAUUAUACUGCAGGAUCUAGAUCUGUGAGCAAAUGUUGACUUGAAAAUUAUUUGUGUAAACCAGAUUGCCAUUUGAUAAUGUAUGUUUUUUGAAUGAACCAAAAGAUUUUUCAAGAGUUUUCUCUCCUUGCAUUCUACAUUGGCUUGGGUUUGUUUUGGUUUUUUUGUUUUGUUUUUUUUCAUUUGUAUCAUUAAUAUGAACUUUAAAUUUGGCUAUUUUCAAAUAUUAAAGAUCUAUUUUGAAAUCAUCA